AUGCUUGAGACCGUGCUGACGCGGAUCAUCCUCCGCUAUGCGCAGCGCUUCUUGGCACCACAUGGUUACAUUUGCGACACCUUGCGCACGGACUCCUUAUCCCUCUGGGGUGGCGACCUUCGGGUGCAGAACUUCGAGCUGCGGAGCGAUGAGUUGGCCAAGGCCCUUGGAACCGAGGGUGGCGGUUUGCGCCUCACCCGCGGCUUUGUGCGGGAACUGCGCGUCGUGGUUCCCUGGAAUGCCAUCCGCUCGCAGUCGCUCCGCAUUGAGGUCGACGCCGUGGAGGUCAUCUUCUGCAGUGAAAGAGGCCGGGACGCCGACCAGCCUGCCACCCCGGUUACGGGUCCUCCCGGCGGGCUGCCGAGUAAGGAGAGUUCCCAAGAGAGUUUGGAAGAAACACAGGAGACGUGGUUGCAGCCACUGCUGCGGAACAUUUUCGGCAACCUCACUGUUUCAGUCGACAAUCUGGUCGCAAAGUUAAUCCGAAACGGUGCAGUAGCCUGCGUGACAUUGGAACGUUUGGACUCCAGACCUCAGUCGCCUUCAUGGGAGGCCGCGUUUACCCCAUUGACAAGUCAACCACUUCUCUAUCGUGUGGUAUCGGUGCGCGAUGCUACAAUGACCCUGGACGUGCAGGGCGAGCGGCAGAAGGCGCAAAGCCGCCGGCCGCGCGCCGUGAAGGCGGCGGUGCGGAACCAACGGCAGGUGGCCUUGCCCAUCUUGCAUCGCGUUUCCGCCGAGGCUGUGCGUUUUUGGUUUACUACGGUUAGGAGGAAGAGUGUACUGCAAUGGAAACGGGCGCAGAUUGCAAUGCAUGCAGAUGCACCGCCAACAUCUCGACUGGGGCUCCAUCUCAGUCCCAUUCGAGCGCGUUUGGGGAGUGAUCAGGUGCAGGUGCUUGCACAACUGCUCGGUCCUGAGGUGGAUUCAGAGUCCGAUCGUUUCUCCUUGAUGUCUGGAGGUGGGAGUUGA